CAUGAGGAUCUGAAUUGCACUGCUUCCAAUAUUGUGUACGGUAUUGAAUGUACUCUUUGUGGAUUGAUCUACGUCGGGGAAACUCGACAAAGACUCAAUUUUAGAAUGAAUGAUCAUCGGUCUAAUGUAAAUGAUCCUAAUAACAACAAAUUUCUCUAUAAACAUUUCAAUCAGCCUGACCAUUCUAUUGUUUCAAUGAAAGUCCGGAUUAUAGAGAAAAUAUAUCAUUCAACAAAUGACCCCAUAUUGAGUACACCAUAUCGUUUACAAAGAGAAGACUUUUGGAUAAGAGAGUUGGGAACAGCCAUUCCCUAUGAAUGCAAUGACAAAAUUGAUGGUGUAGGUAUUUUGUCUAGUCCCAGGUGUAGUACUGUCAAUACAUUACAAUUAUUUAAUACUUCUGCUCGACGAAAUAGAAGUCAUGGUCACAGAAAAUAUAUACCACCUGCUGUGCACACCGUGACAAUUGAUAGUCUGUUAACGUCUGUUCAAAAACCUUUAGGAAUUCAUCAUAUCAGAACUAAAUUAUACUCCAUUCCAUUGUCAAAACUUUUUUUACUAUUUCAAGAGGCCCAAAAUACUUCCGUUACUGAUUCUCGUUCUGUUUUGUAUAGAUUAGUUGCAAUAAUCAUGGACAUUGCUAACCAUAGACUAUUGAAACCCGUAUCGACUACAUCCAAAAAUGAGGAAAAACGUAAUUUUUUUAAGGUAGAAUUCGCCAAUAAAGGUUUAGAUGCUGUAAAUAUUAGCAAUAUUUUCCAUCAGAAAUCUGUACAAAAAACUAUACCUGAUUACUUCAAAAAUAAAGCUACACCUGUUAUUUCUUAUACUUACACCAAGUCUAUUGCAUCCAAGAUUUUCAACCACAAGAGAGUUUUGGAGGCCUUUAACCUCAAAGAUGUGAAAUCCAAGCCUCCGGAAUUCUCAUGUGCAUCGUCACAAUACAAGUAUAGUCCAGAUGGUCAUGUUAUUCCUGGUGACCUUGGCUUCGUUACCAAUGAACAACUAAGAGAGUUGUUAGCCAAGGGACCAAAAUAUAGAAUUCCCCAGCCCAUCAACUGGAAAAAGAAUUUCAAGUUACUGAUGGAUGCAGUUGAGGACUAUGCAAGAAAAUGGGUAAAGCGCGAACCAGACGAACCAGAACUGGACACUUUGUCUGAAUGGAUCAAAGCUAUUCGAUCAUGCAUUCAGAAGCGCAUUCAAAAACUACGAUGCAAUAUGAGCACAAGAGUUAUGUACUAACCCUUUCAAAAAUCCGGAUGUUGUGGAUGCUUUAUCCUCUUUGCAUGGCAAAUAUGUCGUUGUUCCAGCAGAUAAAGCCUCCAAUACUAUUGUCUUCAUAUGUAAAAACCAUUAUUUGCAAUGUCUCACAACAGAGCUUGGAAUAAAUAGAACUACUGGUAACCCUACAUAUUCUUUAACAUCAUUUACCAAGGACGAAAUUUUACAAAAUCACAAAUCUGUCCUUAUUUCUUAAUAAUACAAUAAUUCAUAUUUUGUGAAAAACCACACUGAAUCUACCAGAAAAUAUACUGAAGAUGAUAUUAUCAAAAUGCUGGACUUUUUGACCGACAAUAUAUUUGUUGAGUUUGGAGGAUUUAUAUUUCAACAGACAGUCGGUAUUCCAAUGGGAACUAAUUGUGCACCCCUACUGGCCGAAUUGUUUUUGUACUCGUAUGAAGCAGAAUUCAUUCAGAACCUUUUAAAAGGCGAAAAAGCACCUUGCGAAAUUCUUUAAUUUUACUUUCCGAUACAUGUAUAUUGAUGAUGUUCUAUCAUUGAAUAACCCAUAUUUCAGCCAAUACUUACAUCUCAUAUAUCCCAGUGAACUUGAAAUUAAGGAUACUACUGAUACUAGAAGGACUGCUUCAUACCUUGAUCUUUUCCUCAAUAUUGACACAGAUGGACGACUUCACACGAAAAUCUAUGAUAAACGGGACGAUUUCAACUUCCCAAUUAUCAAUUUCCCAUUUCUCAGCAGUAACAUACCCUCUGCCCCUUCGUAUGGUGUUUACAUAUCUCAAUUGAUACGUUAUUCUCGUGCUUGUUCACACUAUACGGACUUCAUAUACAGGAGUGUGCUCCUUACGCAGAAACUGCUCCAACAAAGUUAUGAGGAGGACAGAUUAAAAAUGAGACUCCGUAAAUUUUACGGACACCAUCACGAAAUGGUUGAUCCAUACGAUGUGUCUUUGUCCAAACUAACUAAGGACAUUUUUACCACGUGUUAGAUUGUGGUUUGUCAUUACGCCGUCUGAUCUUUUAAUUACCGAACGUGACUUAUUCCCGAUUGUGACUGUUUUACUGAGUGUGAAACCGCAUCCGAUUGUGACUGUUUUACUGAGUGUGAAACCGCAUUGCUAUAAGACGUGUCACGGUACUUUUCUAUCCCAAAUUCAUGUAUUUAAUUUUGAUGUUAUAUUUGUUAUUCUCGUCGGAUUUUGUCAAAUAUCUUAACGUCUUUUCUGUUAUUUUCGUGUGUUAUGGUAAAGAUAAUUAAUCACCCCCUUCAUUUAUUAGAUUUUAGUUUGGUUCAAAGAAAUUUAUACGAUAUAUUUGGUUUACAGUUUGAUUCAGAAGAAACACCGACAUAGCUAGAUAAUACAAUUAACUCAUUAUCUAAUUACUACCACAAUUUGAUAUUAAUAGUAUUGUAAUUUUCAUUGUUAUUAAUAAAUGUAAUGUCAGUAUUACAGAUCUAAUCUUGAAUCAAUCCUAAAUCAUCUUAUUUUUAUACGACCGCAAAAAAAUUUUGCGGUCGUAUAUUGGUAUGACGUUGGCGUUGGCGUCGUCGUCGUCGUCGUCCGAUGACACAUUGUUUUUCGCACUCUAACUUUAGUUUAAGUGAAUGGAUCUCUAUGAAAUUUUACCAUAAGGUUCAAUACCACAAAAGGAAGGUGGGGAUUGAUUUUGGGGGUUAUGGUACCAACAGUUAAGGAAUUAGGGGCCAAAAAGGGGCCAAAAAUAAGCAUUUUUGUAACUUCCAGACAUAACUUGUGUGUUAGUGUAUGGAUCUCUCUGACAUUGUACCACAAGGUUCCAUAUCACAAAGGGAAUGCUGGGAUAGAUUUUGGGGGUAAUUGCCUCUAAAUUUUAGGAAUUGGGGGCCAAAAAGGGGCAAAAAACAAGCAUUUUUCUAGUUUCAUGACAAUAACUUGUGUUCAAGUGUAUGGAUCUCUCUGACAUUGUUCCACAAGGUUCCAUAUCUCAAAGGGAAUGCUGGAAUUGAUUUCGGGGGUAAUUGCCUCCAAAUUUUAGGAAUUAGGGGCCAAAAAGGGGCAAAAAACAAGCAUUUUUCUAGUUUCAUGACAAUAACUUGUGUGUAAGUGUAUGGAUCUUUAUGAAAUUGUACUACAAGGUUCCAUAUCACAAAGGGAAAGCUGGAAUUGAUUUUGGGGGUAAUUUCCCACAACGUUCAGGAAUAAGGGGCCAAAAAGGGGCCAACAAUAAGCAUUUUUCUAGUUUCCAGACAAUAACUUGUUCAAGUGUAUGGAUCUCUCUGAAAUUGUACUGCAAGGUACCAUACCACAAAGGAAAGGCUGGGAUUGAUUUUGGGGUUAAAUCCCUAGAAAUUUGAGGAAUUAGGGGCCAUAAAGGGGCAAAAAACAAGCAUUUUUCUAGUUUCAGGACAAUAACUUGUGUGCAAGUGUAUGGAUCUUUAUGAAAUUGUACUGCAAGGUUCCAUAUCACAAAGGGAAAGCUGGGUUUGAGUUUGGGGGUAAUUACCGUAAAUGUUUAGGAAUUUUGGGCCAAAAAGGGGCCAAAAAAUUAGCAUUUUUCUAGUUUCCAGACAAUAACUUUUGUUCAAGUGUAUUGAUCUCCCUGAAAUUGUACAGUAAUCAUACAUGUGAACCUCCCGAAGGGAAUACAAUAAUCCCGUUUUCAGGGGUCUCCUCCCGACCUCCCGUUGAAGACAAAAAAAUCCUGUGUAUGAAAUAUUUCAUGAAUGAAAAAUUUCAGCCCAACAUAUCUGGUGUAACUGACAUUACCUGAAGUUAUAUUUUACCUGUAAAUCAAUUAACAUGAUAAUUAUAUGGCUUCACUUGUCACCUUGGGUGUCAAACAUACUGGUAAUCAACGAUUUUUACAUCAGGCUAACUGCCGUUGUGUAAUAAAACUUUGUAUAUUUAUAAAUGAAUGUUGGGUUACUUCCCUUGAUUUAUCCUGUUUUAAGUUACUUUCCUUUAAAUAAUGUAAAUUUUUAAAAGAAUAUAAAUAAAAUAUAAAUUGAACAAAUAAUCAUAAAAGGAUGGUAAUUAAAUGAUUUUAAAUGUCUUAGGACAAAUAAAAAAAUAAUAAUUUGAAAAUUAUUUGAGGGUUCUAUACUUCCUUUCAAGGCUUAAAUUGAAAUUUAUAUAUUAACUAUGACCCAUGAUUCCAGUUUGAAUGUGUUACUUAUCAUGCAUUAAAAAUCUACUUGCAUAAAGAUUAAAAUAAAAGAUCUACUUGCAGAUAGAUAAGCAAAUAUUCUGAUUGCAAUGAAUAAUGGAAAAAAAGAUAUGACCUAAAAAAUUUAAAGAACAUACUUAAAAAGAAGAAUGUUAGAUUGAACAAGUUGAAAGUUUAAAAAGAUAGAGAAAAUUUAUAAGUACAAGGGUACUAUAAACAUAAUACAUUCAGAUGGAAAGUUGAAGAAAGCACACUUUAACAGACAAUUUCUACAGCACACGGUUACAUUUACGACAGAAUUUAUGUCGAUUAAAAACCUCCUGAUCUGAGUCCUAAUCUCCUGACCAAAAUUUCCCAAACUCCUGAUCUUAGUUUCACAGUCCAUCAUAUGUACUGCAAGGUACCAUACCACAAAGGGAAGGCUGGGAUUGUGUUUGAGGGUGAUGAAUCAUAAGGGGGUUCAAAAAAUUUUGGGGGGAGGGGGAUUUUUUUUUCCUUUUUUUUCUUUGAAAUUUUCCAUUUUAAAUUGGUUAUUUCUGAUUUAUAUAUAAAAGCAAAUAAUAAUGAUAUGGUUUGAAUAGAUAAAUUAAAAAUUUUUAAGUUCUUAGACCACAUUCAUUCUGUGUCAGAAACCUAUGCUGUGUCAAAUAUUUAAUUACAAUCCAAAUUCAGUGCUGUAUCAAGCUUGAAUGUUGUGUCCAUACUUGCCCCAACUGUUCAGGAUUCGACCUCUGCGGUCGUAUCAAGCUGUGCCCCAGCGAAGCAUUUUAUUGUAACUUCCAGACAUAACUUGUGUGUUAGUGUAUGGAUCUCUCUGACAUUGUACCACAAGGUUCCAUAUCACAAAAGGAAUGCUGGGAUUGAUUUUGGGGGUAAUUGCCUCAAAAUUUUAGGAAUUGGAGGCCAAAAAUAAGCAUUUUUCUAGUUUCCAGACAAUAACUCGUGUUCAAGUGUAUGGAUCUCUCUGAAAUUGUACUGCAAGGUACCAUACCACAAAGGGAAGGCUGUGAUUGAUGAUGGGGGUAAUUGCCUCAAUAUUUUAAGAAUUAGGGGCCAAAAAGGAGCAAAAAACAAGCAUUUUUCUAGUUUCAGGACAAUAACUUGUGUGUAAGUGUAUGGAUCUUUCUGAAAUUGUACUACAAGGUUCCAUAUCACAAAGGGAAAGCUGGGUUUGAAUUUGGGGGUAAUUGCCCUAAACGUUUAGGAAUUUGGGGCCAAAAAGGGGCCAAAAAACACAUUUUUCUAGUUUCCAGACAAUAACUUGUGUUCAAGUGUAUGGAUCUCUCUGAAAUUGUACUGCAAGGUACCAUGCCUCAAAGGGAAGGCUGGGAUUGAGUUUGGGGG